GGGGAAGUGGUUAUGGGAUGGGCCAUUGCCCCUCCUCCAGGAGUAAGGGGGGGGAAGGCACAUGGAGGUCUCCAUUGUGGAUAGGCUGCGGGGCAGUCCAUUGCUCAGCUUUUGGAACCUGGCUUUUGCGAGGCAAUGAAGAGGCCUGGUACAGAAGGAGCCCCCGCAAGAGCUGAGAGCAGACCCCACCCUGGACUGGGAUACACGUUCAAGGGGUAACCGUUCACUGCAGCACUUGAACGAGCAGCUGCUUUGUAGCCCUCUGUUCAGGCAGUCCCCGGGGGGCUGUGUAACUUGAAAGCUCCUUCGCAUACAAUAUUCUGCUAAGGAUCUUCUCACUUUCUUUGCUGUGUCUCUUCUGAUGGGUUUAGCACAUUUAGCAGCCCCACACUUGGCUGUAGGUCAAAUAGGAGGCGCUUUGGUGAAGUUUCUGGGUGUCCUGCUGUUUGGUUGGAUCUGUGGUCUAGCAGGAGGGUCUGCAAGCGACUUGCCCUGUCAUUUUUCCCUAAUGUCUCCAGUUUGUUCUACCCUUCUCAGCCAGAAGUCUGUUCCCUUUGAUGGUGAGAAUGGUGGCAUGAAGUCCAAACGCUGUGGGUCCAUCUACAUUACAAAUGUCAGGAACCUAAUUGUAAUAGGAUUCCAACUUCAGCAAAGACAGGACUAUAAUGUGGUUAAUGUCUUGGUGCUGUCCAAAGCUUCAGCCACAGAAGAAGGGGAAGGUCAAGGAACAGUGUUUUAACUGGGUCCCAAGAUACAAUUGUAUUAGUGUAGAGUGUAAGUGCCCCGAAGAGGUGGUUAGUGUCUCCUUUACACAAGAAGUCAGAGGUAGUUCUCUCUUUUGGAGAAUCCUUUCUGUGAAGGUGCUGUUCAUUCUGUGCUCUGGUCAGGCUAUUAUCUCUCUCCCCCUGUAAAUUCUUGACUAAACCCAGCUGUAAAGUCUUCCUGACAAGCAAUUAAAUAAAACUGUGUAGAAGGGUUGGGCUUGCUGCUCCUUGGCUCAGAAAUAUCUGAGCAGACUAACCUUUCUCCACAGCCGCAUACCCUGUAGUGACACGUGGUCUUGUUCCUGUCCAAUCCUCAUUCCUUGCCUGUUACCUUUUAACGCUCUCCGUGAUGUAACAUUGUGCAUCUGCUGGGACAAGCAAAUAGCCUAUUUUACCCUCUUUGGCAAUUCUUUGCGCUCCUGGUUUGAAGCCAGAUUGGCCGUGAUGUAAAAUGGCACACCCACUCAGCCAACCUGCAGCUCUCAAUUCUAGGAUCAGCUCUGUAGCUAUAAAGAGAGGCAGUGGGAGAUGCCAGCUGUCAUUUGGUGAGCGAUGGAUGUUUUACGACUUGGUUCCCUGUCUCUGCUCUGGCACACCAAGUGUAGGACUCCCAGCUCACGGCCGUUCGUGGUGGUGGUGGUCAUUCCAAGGUCUUUCUAAGGACCAUGUUGCUAUGGCUUAGCCUAUUAGCCCUGUCUUCAGUAACAUGGUCACUUUUAAGAUGAAUGAUCUCAGAUAGUUCUCCCCUGUCUCCAUGCUCCAAACUCUACUCUUCCUCCUGUCUUGAGGAAGGAGGAGAGGUGGCAGUCUCCUGAGGCUGCUACUGUUUGAAGAAGAGCCACUGUCGGGAUGGGGUGAGGAACACCUGAGUCCAUCGAGCCGUGCCCCUUACGGUCCUGCCCCAUGGUGGUGAUAGGGGGAGGGGAAGGUUCCAGGGUAUGGAGAGGCUAGACCUUUGUGCUUGCUCCUGAGAGGCUGAUGGCUCACAACCAGGCCAUCUGCUUCUCCUUCCUUCCCCGCUAACCUUUUAAUCAGAGGCGGGGUGGGGGAGAGGAAAUGGGGUUGCCUCUUUUGCCGGCAGCCCCAUUUCCUCUGCCAGUGGAAGAACAAAGGGAUGGCUGGCAGGCAGUCAAGUGGCUCUUGGUGGGCCAGCUUUGCUGCAUGCCAGCCCUCCAAACUCCCCAGCCGCAUCCCCUCUCCCAUCCUUAUUGCUAACCUUUACUGGCUUUGAGGCAGCACAGAGGCUUCUCUCUGGGACCCCUUCCUAACUCCUCCCCACAGAUUCAUUCGGGGGAGAUGUCCCAAGUGUUUCCUUCCCGUCCCAUCCCCACUACAGAUCUGAGGCUACUCUUGAAGCAGCAGCAGCCUGUCUUCAGUGCUUCCCACUCUCCCCCCCCCCCCCCCCCCCCCCCCCCGCUUAUAUUGUAAUGGCCCUUAGGGCUGAAGAUUUGCUCUGAAUUGUUGGUUCCUUGAGAGAAUGGCAGCUCAGCAGUGAGAGACCCUCAUGUGCUGAAUCCCCAGGACAAUUCCAACAAAACUCUCCUGUCUGCGCAGUGGCUGUUGGCUCUAAUACCCCCCUCUCCCUGUGGUGGGGCAUGUCAAGAGCAGGAUGAGUCAAGGUCUGCUGUGCCGAUUGGAGAGGAGACUUGUCCUAAAUAAAUGUUUCAGGCAUGCACAGCUCAGCUCCCCUGUCCCACUGGCUAUUUAGUAACAUUCUUAGAAUCUAGAACAGCAUAAAUGAGAGCACUAAUUUGGAGUGCAUUGUAUACUGUUCCCAAAAGGUACCUUAAAGGGCACAGAUAUGGGAUUAAUCCCCAAAUCACAAUUGUCUGAAGUGCAAAUAGCUUCUACUCUUGGCAGUGAAGGAAUUUCCGGUCCCAAGGCUGCAUACUUGUAGCUUUCUGUAAUGGCUCACAAUUGCUAUAUGGCAAUGCAGGUCUUAUUUAAUUCAACUUCAUUAAGUUAUAGUUCUAGAGUCAUUUGAUUAGAAAGUUGUUUUUUGUCAAAUAUCUACUUCUGAAACCAUUAUUUCAACAUAAUUAAAUGGGAUCUUUCAGAACGGUCUAUUUAAUAGUAUCAAUGUACCUGUUAUGUUGAAUUUGCAAAACUAGAGAAGCUCAGGAUCUCUUGCAUGGAUGUGACUAGCAAGAGCAAAGCAGCUUAGCUUAGCUGGGUGCAAGUAAACCACAGUGCUCCUGUUUCUCUGUCCUAUUUGGUUUCAUUUUAACUCAUCUAGUUCUUGAGCACGGUGACUUAGGUAAAAAGCACAUAUUGCAUUUGCCAAAAGUCUGUGGAGAAGUCUCUCUAGGCUGCCGCUUAGUAAGUACGUGUUCAGAAUGUUGCUCCACCAGUUCUUCAGCAAUAGAAUGUGUAUACUGCAUGUGUGGGAUGGUAGCGGGCUCUGGUCCCCAUGGUGGCUGACCCAGCACUUCCACAAGUGUUUCAUUUUAUAAAAUCAGUCAAACUGAGCGUUCAUGAAAGAUGCUAGAUUGACAUCCUUGGAGCUUGAUGUCUCUAAUCCGCACAGUCUGUAUUCAUGGGCCAGAGCGGCCGUGUUCCCCUGAGCUUCCCUACCAAGGUACCUUAACCCUCUUCCCCAGGAACCACCUCUAGCAGAAAGAGGAUGCCCAUGGCUGAGUGCCCAUCUUGGCUUUCACCAUAGACACCUGUCCACCAGGAACUAGACCUGGAGCCAACUCAAAUGUGUAAUCGAUCAAAAUCAGCCACUCUAUUGUAGGGUAAUCAGUAUUGUGCCUGUCUUUAAAAAUGGGGCAGGGUGAUCCUGGCAGUUAGACCAAUGAGCCUUACCACAGUGUCAGGUAAACAAGUUAGAAGAAUAGUCUUAAAGCACCUAGGAAAGCAUGCUAGACCAACCAGUAUGUUACAGAAUCAUAGGUUAUUAGGGUUGAAGGGACCUCAGGAGUCCAACCCCUGCUCAAAGCAGGACCAAUCCCCACUUCCCUAAAUGGCCCCCUCGAGGGUUGAACUCACAACCCUGGGUUUAGCUGUGUGUGUAAUGGGAAGGUGUCUCUCUCCAGCCUCUCAGGAUUCUUUGAGGGGUUAGCAGUGCAGCGGCUAAGGAGCCCUGCUGGAUACAACACAUUUGGGUUUUCAAAAAAGCCUUUGAUAAAGUCUGUUACAAAAGGCUAUUAAGGAAACUAAGUCGAGGGUAAAGUUCUCUCAUGUAUUAGAAACUGGUUAAGAGAAAAUAGUGGGACUGAAUAGCUGCUUCUGAACGGUGAAAUAGGUUAAUUGUGAGGAGUCCGAAGGAUCUGUGCUAGGGCUGGUUACUAAUGAUCGGUGGGGGGGAGGGAGAGUAGGAUGGCAAAGCGUACUGAGGCUGCAGUUAUUUAGCUCAGUUGAGACUCGAGGGGAUAUAGAAGAGCCACAGAAAGAGCUAACGUAGGUGGGAGAUUGGGUAACAUGAUGGGGGGUGUUCACAUAGCGCUUCUCAUUGUGGUAUCUGCACUCCAGAGUUCUGGCUGGCCAUGGUAGGUGGAGGGAGCUCCUGCUUGCUGAGGGUGGUUCCUGUGGCGGAAGCAGCCAUGUCAGCUCUGUACCCAUCACUGGAGGACAUGAAGGUGGAUCAAACCUUGCAGGCUCAGGCGAAUGCAGCCACCAGGGCUCUGUCUGGGGUUGCAGAGAAGUCAGAGCCAGCAACGGCCCCACCUGUUCUGUACCCAAACCUCACGGAGCUUGGGGACUACAUGGGGCUCUCGCUCUCCAGUGAAGAGGUCCAGAAGGACCUAGCCCUGGUCCCAGCAAGUGGCAACGCAGGGGCCCUGGUCCCUUCCUCCCAGGGUGUGCUGGUCGCCCCACUGACGGGAAACAACCUCGGACUGCGCAGGGCAGAGAUCAGACCGGGCCUGCGGGAGCUCCACCUCUGCAAGGAUGAGCGCGGGAAGACUGGGCUCCAGCUGAAAAGCAUCGACCAGGGGGUGUUUGUGCAGCUGGUUAAGGCCAACUCCCCAGCGUCCCUUGUCGGGCUGCGCUUCGGGGACCAGGUGCUGCAGAUCAACGGGAAGGACUGCGCUGGCUGGAGCACAGAUAAGGCCAACAGGGCCCUGAAAAAGGCCGCCCCGGAGAAAAUCGUCGUGAUCGUGCGAGACAGGCCCUUCCAGCGCACGGUGACGAUGCACAAGGACAGCACGGGGCACGUGGGGUUCGUCAUCAAGAAGGGGAAGAUCGUUUCUCUCACCAAAGGCAGCUCUGCAGCCCGGAACGGCCUGCUCAUCAACCACUACAUCUGUGAGCUGAACGGGCAGAACGUCAUCGGCCUGAAGGACAAACAAAUCCUGGAUAUCCUGGCUACAGCUGGUAACGCCGUCACCAUCACCAUCAUCCCCACAGUGAUCUACGAGCACAUGGUCAAACGGCUGUCACCUGGGCAGAUCAAGUCAUCCAUGGACCACUCGCUUCCUGAUGCUUAAAGUCCGGCCUCUGGUCAGCAGGAGCUCAGCGAAUCUUCUUUCCUCUUAUUAAAUGCAAUAUCCCAAAAGACUUCCCUACAAUGCCAGGAAAACAGGUGGAUCUCGAUGGGGGAUAUUCUAGACCAAAAACCAUCUGUUUCCUUUAAUCUUUUAUUAAUUCACCUGGAUAGGCUUGAGCCUUGUUUUGUCCAUGCAAUCGGCUGGUGUCCGAAGGAGCGCGGGGAGGUGGAUGUGGGUAGAACUGCAGGUGUACAUCCACAGAAGCGAGGUGAAUGGUUGUGGGGGGGCCUCCCUGGUGGAGGUCAUGUAAUGCAACCCUUUCAAGACCCACCAAAGAGCUGUUUUAAUAAACUCAAUUAAAGCUGCUCCUAUUUGCCUCUUCUUAAACCAAGGGAAGUGAGAGUGGGUUUAGGAGCUAAUGAAUGGCUCAGUAGCCACUCCAGCAUCAAGUGUGCCAAACCCACUGUGCAGCA